AUGAAAAUCAACAUUUUGGCCUUCGCGGUGGCCGUCAUCUAUCUCGGCACGGUAGCAUCCAGUCUAUUAGAUGCUAGGACACCACCGCAAUUACCAGCCAAGAAACGUCCACGCGGGUGCGAUUGCUACACGAUUUCCGGGCCCGAUCCAGGAUACUUCCAGCAUUACAAGGUCUGGGACUUUCGGGCAGUGGAUUUGAAGAAACAUGCCAAUCUCAAUCUGUCAGAGCCCAUCGAUUAUGGCGACGAGGACUGGGAUGAUGACGAUGAGAGCGAUGGCCAAGACCCGCAAAAUGACCACCCACCUGGGGUCCACGAGUCAAAGGACCCGGACCCCAGAUCACUGGUAUUCUACAAGACCUCCUUCGAAAGAGACUGGAGCAGUCAGAAUUGGGAACGCCGAGGAACCCCCAUAUCUCCAGUCCUCAUGGUAAAUUCGAAGCACAACGUCUUUCUCACCCGAGACCAUGAGCAACAUAAUCCCCAUGCGACGUAUCUUGUUCUACGCACCACCCGCUUCUCAGAGUACACUUCUACCGCGGAGAUCGAGACUCGUCUACACAACAUCUAUCGAUGCUCGCUGCGUGUCCGAUUUCGUUUAUUGCCAGCUGGUUCCGUCGUAUCAGAACCCCCUCACCCCGUGGAAUGGCCGCCGCGAGAUCCAAAACGACAUCCCACCGCACCCUUGAACAAUAAGACAAUUCCGUUUCACGACGGCAGGCCACCUGAUGGCGCUUGUGCUGGCAUCUUCACCUACCAUGACCAAACCUGCGAAUCGGACAUUGAAAUUCUCACGCGGGACCCGUCCCAUCGCGUGCACUAUGCCAACCAGCCCGAUUAUGAUUUUGCCGCUGAUCAAGAGAUCCCCGGUGCGAGCACCAUUGCCAACAUACCUGUCCCAUGGACAACGUGGUCCACGCAUCGCCUGGACUGGCUCUCAAACAUGUCACGGUGGUAUGUCAACAAUGAGAUACAGGAUGCCAAAUCAUACAGAGUUCCCGAUUUGGAGAGCAUGAUUGUUAUCAAUCUUUGGAGUAACGGCGGACUUUGGACCGGCGACAUGAGAAUUGGCGAUAGUAUAUACAUGGGCAUCGAAUAUAUCGAGCUGAUCUAUAAUCGUUCUUCCGAUACUUCCAGGGGCUUUUAUGUGUCUCCUUCGCAGAGCCAUGGUGGCCAUCAAGGGACUGCUCUCGCAAAUGGUUCUCUUGUCAAUGAGCAUCCAUUGGAGCCAGGUAGAAAGGAGGAAAAGUGCAAGCCAGGGAGACAGGGCCGCGAGUGCAGAAGAAAGAAGUGGAAGAACAGGCCUCUUAAAGAAUUUUGCCAGAGGCCUUGCAACAUCGAUGAACUCUAG